AUGGACCGCAAGCUAUCAAUCCAAAGCAUCUCGACUACUGCCGACGACUCCGAUCCCACCUCUAACAUGGCGGGUCAGGGUCCUUCCGACACUGAUCAGCCUCAGCAAGAGCACGCUCUGUCUGUCUUACUUCUGGCUCUCUUGAUCUGUCUCAUUGACUACACCCUGUCCCUCUACGGCUUCGAUGACGAUGACUUGGUACGCGUCCAACGUCUUACCGCCAAUCUCGCGCCAAUCAGAGAUGAUCCACUGGCUAUAGCGGCCUGUUGGAUCAUAUACAUCUAUGAGCUCUACCUGUUGAUUCUGGCAUGCGUAAAUAUUGUCCGGCCGAUCUUCUGGCUCUGGAACCAUCCUCUCAGUGCUGUCAUAGUAAUAGCGACGGCCCUCUUUGCUUUCCACAUCGUCGAGACAGAAAGGGCUGCAGCAGCUCUGGAAGACACCAGUCGCGAAGAUCAUGCUUAUGACGCUGACGACGAAGCCAGCGACGACGGCAAGCCCCUUGCUGGCUACGGCAAUGACAAUCAUAUCCGAAACGAAGAUGACGACAAGUCUGACUCUGGUUAUGGCAGCGAUACUGACGAUAGUUCCGACUCUGUCAAGUGGAUACUGAACGACAAGGACGAGACCAGAAGCACGUACGAAUCGCCGAGAGACUUCGAUGCUAUCCUUGAGGGAGAAAUAGCCAUUAUCAGAGCCAACCAAGAUUCGAACGACACUCCAUCGCAUCAUAUCGAGCACACCCUUGACUCCACUGGUGCAGCGGCGGCUCACGACAGGUGGCCAGAGUUCGUCAACUGGAACACUGUUAGCAAUAUGAGUGAAGUUGAUAGCACCAUCAAUCACGAGGAUGCCGUCGGAAGCGAGCCUGAUGACUUCUCUGGCGCUCGAGGUCCACCAGCUGAUCACCUUGUGCCUUCGGCACCCACUGACGCCUCCAACGCAGACUCCGGGAGCAACGUCAAUCACGAGAACAAUUUUCGGGACUCUCCUCAUGAUUGGCAGGCCGCCUUCCUUCCGCUUGUAGUAGUACCUCGACUCAGAACACGAUGUCAUUGUCGAACAUGUAUCAUCCGUCGACAGCACAAUUGCCGCGCUCUCCAUCAUCAUCGUCGAUACAAUUCCGAAGCGAGGAAUGCGCUGCCUUCCAACGCGCUUGCCAGUGGCGAGGGCGUUGGCGAUACGUUCGCCUCGACUAUCCCUGCCUCGUUCACCGGAUUCGAAGCUCCUCGUCGUCCCCAAACCAGCACCUUCGUGGACACCGCCGACUCAUACGAUCUUGCCCAACUGUUCGACGAAGACGAAUGCCCUCAGCCAAACAUGCUCGACCAUGUAGCCCCAAUGCUAGCGCUUAAUCAACACCCAUUGAUGACCGAGGAGUCGGGAAGGGUCCACGAAUUAUGCCGGGAAGCAGAAGCAAAUCGUCUGCAGGGCCACUGGGCGGUCUCCCUCUGGAAGAGGUACGUACAGCCGGUUUGGACCUGGGUUCGGCGAGCUGUCUCUGGAGGUAUGUCGACGGAGAAGUCCAGGGUAGGGGACGUGGAGAAGGGGGCACCCUGA